AUCAAGUUUUUCAGGGGCGUCGACGACACGGCAUACAUACAGCACAUAGCGAUCUUACUUAUUAGUAUCUGUCGGUUUUUAGAUAUUUCAACUCAAACCAAAUAGUAAUAAUACACCUAGGUGGACUGAAAAACACUUUUGGGCCUAAGAGACAUCAAGCCGAAGUGCUCUACCUUUUUUCAGAUGACUGGGUCAAAUGAGUACAAGUUGAACCAGGGCCCAGAAGAUGGCAUUUCUGCUGUCAAGUUCAGCCCCAGCACAUCCCAGUUCCUGCUUGUUUCCUCCUGGGACUGCACUGUCCGCCUGUAUGAUGUGGGAGGCAACUCCAUGCGAAUGAAGUACCAGCAUACAGCUCCAGUUCUGGAUUGUGCUUUUUAUGACCCAACACAUUCCUGGAGCGGUGGUUUAGAUGCACAGUUAAAAACUCAUGAUUUGAACACUGACCAAGAUACAGUAGUUGGAACACAUGAUGCUCCCAUUCGCUGUGUGGAAUACUGCCCUGAGGUUAACGUCAUGGUAACGGGUAGCUGGGACAGGUCAGUUCGGUUGUGGGACCCAAGGACACCUUGUAACGCAGGCACCUUCACUCAGCCUGAAAAGGUUUACACCCUCUCUGUGGCUGGGGAUAGGCUGAUUGUUGGCACAGCUGGAAGACGAGUGCUGGUGUGGGAUUUGAGGAACAUGGGCUACGUACAGCAGAGACGAGAGUCCAGUCUCAAGUAUCAAACUCGGUGCAUUAGAGCCUUCCCAAAUAAACAGGGCUAUGUUUUGAGUUCAAUCGAGGGCCGUGUUGCUGUGGAAUACUUAGACCCAAGUCAGGAGGUUCAGAAGAAGAAGUAUGCCUUUAAAUGCCACAGACUGAAGGAGGAAGGAAUUGAGCAUGUUUAUCCUGUCAAUGCCAUCUCAUUUCAUAAUGUUCAUAACACCUUUGCCACAGGUGGCUCAGAUGGCUUUGUGAACAUAUGGGACCCGUUCAACAAAAAACGGCUGUGUCAAUUCCACCGCUACCCAACCAGCAUUGCCUCGCUGGCCUUCAAUAACGACGGCAGCAUGCUUGCUAUCGCUGCCUCCUAUAUGCAUGAGAAGGGAGACAUCAGUCACCCAGAAGAUGCCAUUUUCAUUCGACAGGUUACAGAUGCUGAGACCAAGCCCAAGUCAACCUGAAUCCACCUUGGAAUGGUUAUUUUGUAAGAAGCCUUUUCCACAUUUGGCCUGUCUGCUGGUAUCCAGUGUACUUUUACAUGUUUUCUUCUGUGUUCCUUUCUGAUAGCAUGUAAUUUUUUUUAUUUCUAAGUGU